AUGACAGCCGCAAUCCGCAAAUUGCGGAGUAAUCCCCAUUUUCUUUUCGUGCAUUUACCGCACAUCCUCUCGUUUCUAUGCGUCCUCGCUGGAGUUGGCUGGCUUCUCCUCCUCCCCCUCAAUGACUACUCCCGUCGAACGUACAUCUCCGAGAACGCGCUUCUUCCCGGCCAAGUCCAUGCCUACUUCUCCGGUAGUGAGCAGAACAUCUUUCGCGGAUAUAGAGAGGAGCUAGAGGGACUUCUACCUAAUGGAGCUCCAGGGGAGGGACCAGAAAGGAAUGAUAUUGAACUGACGCCGGAGAUCUCGGGUAAGAUACAGUCGGUCCUCAGGGCUUCCGGCUUGAAAGUCGCGACACAGAAAUAUGAAUACACCUCCGCGGGGAUCACGCAUCAGGGAGAGAACGUCUACGCCAUCAUUCAGGCGCCGCGGGGCGAUGCGACGGAGGCGAUCGUCCUGGUUACGGCUUGGAAGACAGCCGAUGGAGAAUUGAACCUGAAUGGUGUUACCCUCGCGUUGACGCUGGCAAGAUACUUUAAACGAUGGUCACUGUGGUCGAAAGACAUCAUAUUCCUGAUCACGCCUGACAGCAAAUCAGGGACGCAAGCGUGGAUUGAUGCAUACCAUGACAUGCAGCCCCCAUCUGUUCAGCCGCUGCCGUUGAAAAGUGGCGCAUUGCAGGGAGGCCUGGUGGUAGAAUAUCCCUUCGAUCAUCGGUUUGAAUCGUUACAUAUUGUCUACGACGGUGUCAAUGGCCAGUUGCCGAACCUGGAUCUAAUAAAUACUGCCGUAUCAAUUGCUGGCGGUCAAAUGGGUAUCGGUGCCAAUUUGCAGGAGAUGUGGGACCACAAUGAUAGUUACGAAGCGCGUCUUCAAACUAUCUUGAGAGGUAUGGCUAAACAGGGUUUCGGGUACGCCACUGGUGCGCACAGUAGCUUCAUGCCAUACCAUAUUGAUGCUAUCACACUGCAAACGAAAGGAAAUGGCUGGCAGGACGAAAUGGCCCUAGGCCGGACUGUGGAGAGUCUCUGUCGCAGCUUGAAUAACCUCCUGGAACACUUGCAUCAGAGUUUCUUCUUCUAUCUGCUUAUGCAGACCAACCGGUUUGUCAGCAUCGGCACGUAUCUACCCAGCGCGAUGCUGAUCGCUGGCAACUUCACAAUCAUGGCCAUUGCCCUGUGGCUACGGACUGGCUACUACAUGGGCUCUAAGCCUAAGCCUUCAGUCAAGGCCGGUGCUUCCCAGGAUGAGAAGAAGGAACAAGCGACAAGUUCCCAGGACAAGGGCAAACCGGAGGUGACAAAUAUGGACCAAAAGAGUGACACCAACAGCAUCAUUGAACGACAGCUGGCGCUCCCACUCAGCUUUGUUGUCGGUCUACAUCUAUUGGGCCUGAUUCCUCUCUUCAUCUUCAACAACCUUUCCCACAAGUACUUCACCGCCGCCACCUACACCUUCAUUAUAGCCGACCUCGUCCUUCCGCUACUCCUUGCAGUCUUGCUUACCCAAGGCUUCGCCCCCAAACCCCAGCAAUACCUCCUUAUGAAAUCCUUCUCCCUCCUCCUCCUUGGUCUCUUCCUUUCCACUCUGGCAACCCUGAACUUCUCCCUCUCAUUGAUGAUCGGCUUGCUCUGCACUCCUCUCAGCUUCGUCAACCGCAUCAGUCCUACCACCGGUGCCCCUAUCCGGUACGCACUCGCCUUCAUUGGACUAGUGCUCCUGAAUCUUCUCUCGCCUCCUGUCGUCCUCCUCGGGGGUUGCUGGUACACCGGAGUGUCAGUGGAGACCAUUCUAACGCAAGCUGCGUUUGGAUGGGACGUCUGGGGAAUGUGGACACAGGUAGUUGUAUGGUGUGUCUGGUGGCCAGCCUGGAUGAUUGGGUGUGCACUGUUGGGAUUCUCCCUGGUUUGA